AUGGAUGCUGAUGAGUAUCGAAGAAAGGUUGAAGUAGCAUUGGAAAGAUUCGAACUUAAAGGCAAAGAAUUCGAUUAUGACGAGCAUGAUGUUGAUAGUAAGAAAAGGAAACUGGCCCUGUCAUGCCAUCCAGACAUGGAUGAAUCAGCCAAGAAUAAAGGUGUAGAUAUGUCUGGGAGAUUCAACGAGCUGAAUGCCCAAGCAACCUUGCUGAAGGAUUACAUGAAAGAACGUGCCCUAUUCCGCAUGAGAACAGCCUCAGCACCUUCAACACCCUAUCGUGGAACUUGGUCAGGCCUUCCUCCUGGAGCGCGAGUAAUCACGGUUUCCCCAACGGACGGAUCUUCUGGAGGAUCGAAAGAGCCAACAUUAGGAAAUCCUCUGAGCGAUUCGCAUGUGCCAGUGCCAGUGCCAGUGUACAAGGAGAAAAGGGGACCACUGGGAAUUAUAGUGCGAACGAAACAGUACGUGAGUGCUGACAGUGGUGGCCUAUAUGAAUCGGCACACCUUGCUACAGCUCCUCGAGCAAAUUUACGUGGGGAACGGACAAAAGCUGAUAGAGAUACAGCAUCGCGAUCCUAUGACAAAGAAAAUACUGAGAGGGAGAAAAAGAAGAAGAAGCCGGUAGUUGUGCGAGACCGUCGAACAGGAGAACAUCGCGUGGUGACUAGGUGA